CGGAAAAUAAAAAAAUAAAAAAAAGGAGAGAAAGAGAAAAGAACACAGAACAAUAAAAAGAAAAGGGGGGAAAAAAAGAGGGAAAAGGAAGAGGUUGCAAUACGACGUGGAAACUUUUUCUUGCUUCCCGUUCCCCAAGUCCUGAAGAGCCGGAAUGGAGCUGGAGAAAACCUACGCGACAUCCCGAACCGGCCGCACAGGACAUGGAGGCGUGAAUCAGCUGGGGGGUGUUUUUGUGAACGGCCGCCCUCUCCCAGAUGUUGUUCGUCAGAGGAUCGUGGAGCUCGCCCACCAAGGGGUCCGGCCGUGUGACAUCUCCCGGCAGCUCCGCGUCAGCCACGGCUGUGUCAGCAAAAUACUUGGCAGGUAUUAUGAAACCGGGAGUAUUAAGCCUGGAGUGAUUGGAGGAUCAAAACCAAAGGUCGCCACACCCAAAGUCGUUGAAAAAAUUGCAGAGUACAAACGCCAAAAUCCCACCAUGUUUGCCUGGGAGAUCAGGGACAGACUCCUUGCUGAGCGAGUGUGUGACAACGACACUGUGCCCAGUGUCAGUUCCAUUAACAGGAUCAUCCGGACCAAGGUGCAGCAGCCACCCAAUCAGCAGGUCCCGGCUUCCAGCCACAGCAUAGCCUCCACGGGAUCAGUCACCCAGGUGUCCUCUGUAACCACUGACUCUGCUGGCUCGUCCUACUCCAUCAGUGGGAUCCUGGGAAUUGCCUCCCCUGGCACGGAGAGCAACAAGCGCAAGCGGGAUGAAGGUAUUCAGGAAUCUCCAGUACCAAAUGGCCAUUCUCUCCCAAGCAGAGAUUUUCUUCGGAAACAGAUGCGAGGAGACCUUUUCACCCAGCAGCAGCUAGAAGUGUUGGAUCGUGUUUUUGAGAGACAACAUUAUUCUGACAUCUUCACAACAACUGAGCCCAUCAAACCAGAGCAGUGGUGCUCCAUGCUGAUGAGACAGUGCGUGGUACAACCGCAGGCAGUCAUUUUUCAGGCAACUGAGUACUCAGCCAUGGCCUCACUAGCUGGUGGAUUGGAUGACAUGAAAGCCAAUAUAACCAGCCCUACUUCUGCAGAUUUGGGAGCGAGUGUUCCUGGGCCUCAGUCCUAUCCUAUUGUCACAGGUCGCGAGCUGGCAAGUACAACCCUCCCAGGAUACCCUCCACAUGUCCCUCCUGCUGGACAGGGCAGCUACUCCGCUCCGGCGCUGACAGGAAUGGUGCCUGGGAGCGAGUUUUCUGGGAGCCCAUACAGCCACCCGCAAUAUUCAACAUACAACGACUCCUGGAGGUUUCCCAACCCUGGACUCCUGGGCUCCCCCUAUUACUACAGCACCACAGCCCGUGGAGCAGCUGCACCAGCUGCUGCUGCUGCCUAUGACCGUCACUGACGCUGGAGCUCAGGGCAUCGGCACUGACAGCACGCAUGUCUGGGACAACCGUGACGAGUCAUCUUGCUGCCACCAUGCCAGCCACUCCAAAAGGGAAAGAGAAAGUACCUAGUAGGAACAUCAUAAUUGAAAUUUUGCUCUUUAAGCUUGUUGAACUGAUUAUUGUAUUUUUAAAUCUGGUUGGGUCCUGAAUCAAACAGAGAAACAGGAGGAAGUGGUACUCCUGAAGCUCUGUGUGGUUAAAAAUGUGUGGUAGCUUCAUGUUCUUCGCAGCCGGCUGGCUACUGCUUUAAUCGCCUGUGGGUGCCAUGGCUGUGUCUGGGGAUAAGGAAGAGGUGUGAGCAGCUCCCCUUGGGACAGCUCCCUCUUGCUGCACACUGAAACAGGCUGUGAGACUCAAGGCAAUUUUCUUUUCUUUUCUUUUUUUUUUCUUUUCUUUUUUUUUUUUUCUUUUUUUCUUUUUUUGUUUUGUGUGUGGCAAAGAAAAAAUCAGUCUGCUCAAUUUUACGCAAGCACACCAGUGUAAAUAUUUGCUUGUUUGUAUUACUGUAAGAGUAGCUUAAGCAUAAACAGCAACAUUGUACAAGUAUGAACUCAAAACACAUCCAAAAGUGUGUUUUGAAACUGGUGCACUGAUUCAAAGAACUCAGUAAGCUUUAAGCAACUUUGAACCAGGUUAACACUCAUCGUGGCUGUAUUUUGGCUGAUGUUGUUUCUAUAUAGAGCAUCUUAUUUGACAGUUGUGUGUGAUCAUGCUAUAUGCUGGUAUCAAACACAUGGGCAACUGGAAAGACAUAGGCAAUUUUGUGAUACUUUACUGCUUAAUAUUAAUUUUAUGUUCAUUUGUCAUCAUACUAAACACUGAAACAAAUUCACUGGUUUCAAGUUAAGCAGCACCCAGGAAGGAAUUCCUAAAUAACAGUUGACACCUUACAUAUAUCUAUAUAGAUCGUGUGCUAAAUCCCAGUCAUGAAAACCCUGAGAGGAAGGCAAAGAAAUACUGUGGUUGUGAUUUUUAUGUGCAUGUAUUGAGCAGGGUGUACCAGACAUGAGGGCAGCUGCACUCACUUUCCAACCCAAGCUGAAGGAGAAAGUAUUUGUUUCCAGGUGUCUGUACAUUUCUGUGAAGGCAUUGCAGAUUGUAGUCCUGUGGGAUUUUGCCCUGCAGAUUUUGCCCUGCUAAUUCCAUGUUUCUUCCCUCCUAUCAAAUAGGAAGCACUAAUAGUCACAUGUUUCAAUGUGCACCUUGUGGGGGGCUAAAUUAUGAGAGCAGAGCAGCUGCAAAUGACCACUAAGCAGUUACAUCAAUCACUGCCUCUCCAUGGAGCCAGGACCACUGCUGAUGUCUCCCUGAAGCCUCCCCCUACCCCACUAAGACUAAGGCAAAGACAACCUCAGCCACAUAAGGACGAUGGGCAUAACCCCAUCCCUUCCCUCCUGGGGGUAGUGGAGAAGCUCCCUGGUCCUGUUGAGAUGAAGACCUGGCUGAAGCCUCCUUACUCCCAACUCAACCAUCCUCAUCCACCCAGAGUUGUCUGGGCUCUGCUGAGGGGUCUGUUGGUGGUUGGCUGCAGGAGAAAGCUUGUUGGUGUCAAACUUCAGAGGCACUCUGGUAGAGGAAUAUUCAAGCAGGUAUUCACCAGCUUCAAGCUGUACAAACAUUCCUCUGGCAGCUCCUGAGUUAACACUAUUCUCUCUCCUCCCUUCCCAAGUCAUCACUUGUGCUGCAUAGUGGCCAUCUAUCUGCUGAGAAAUUCCCUCACCCACUCCAGUAGCAUCUUCUCAUGGUACAGAAAUGCAGUCAACACUUCCAAGUUUCCAGGGCAGAAGUGUUCCAAUCCUUAGCAGCCAUGUCCCACCAGCUCAGUGACAUUUCAGCAUGUUGUUCACAGAUCCCAUCAGAAAAUUUUAGCCAGUCUUUUAAGCUAACCUAGAAAUUAGCUUUGAGACAAACUUAGCAGUGAGAUGAGUGCCACUUUUAAUCUUCCAGCAAUUAAUUACUGAUACACAUCUUUUUUAACAAAAGACAAAUAAUAGCAUGGAAGAUUUACACAAGGAAACUUCUGAAGCCCUGCUUUGGGUUCAUACCUAACUGCAUACCCAUGAUUGCUUGCAUUCCUUGGACUGGAAAGGGCACUUUUGUCCCUGGGACCAUGUGCAAGAGUCUGGCCGAGGUGUGUGCACAGUCUCCAUUCUGAACACAUGCACCUUCUCUGUGAGCUCAGAAGGGGAUGUGUCUGUCCAGUGCCUUUGCUGAAGAGAUGAGAAACAAGUGUUUGACCACUGGUGCUGGUGAUGGAUCUAGAGCAGAGGUAUGCUGAGUUACACCAGCUGUUGGGACAUCAUCAGGCUUGGCUAAAACAAGUCUGUGUGCCCAGUGAGGGAGCUGCAGCUCAUUGGCAUGUGGGUCCUUCACCCACUCUGCCUAUUCUUCUGCAACCACAUUGCUUUUACUUGUUUCCUCAGCAGCAUGGACUGUGACAUACAUUAAUUCAGAUGAUGUUGAGAGGACCAAACAUGAGAUUUCAGCAAAAGUUACCAUACUCCAUACUCAUGCCAAAAGUGCUUGUAGUUGGGCUGGGGACUUCGGAAAGGCAUGACAGGUAUGUUUUCUCCAAAUUAUGGAUGUGUGUGGAUGCCACUGGAUGAAGUGACCUAAAGUGCUCAGGCCUGACUGGCCUCAAGGCUUUCAUGAGAGCAGCCCUUGGCCUGCCAGGUAUGGUGGUGGGCUCCAUCCCAGGGACUCUGUGGAUGCAUGGGCAGCUGCUUAGGGGAAACCCAGAACUCCCACCCUUGCACAUGCAAAGCAGGGGCUUGUGUCUGACCCACCUCCGAAACCAUGGCAGCCAUUGCUCACUCACAUCUGCUGGGACAUCUUUCUAUCAUAAACAGCCAGUACAAGUUAGACCAUGGAGUAUUCAUGCCAUGCUGCUGGAAAAGGCACUUCUUGACAGUACUUUCUGCUUUUGGGAAUAUUUCACCUGAGAUUUACAAACUGCUUUUCUCAGGAAGACUUUCUGGCCAUAGUCUUCAUUGUGGGUAUCCUCCUCCUUGGGGAGCAUGUUUGAAAGGCACUGUUGGUAGAAGGUGGUCAUCUGUGGAGGACAGAGGAUUGCCUGCCUUUGUCUAUCCUCUGUGGCCUCACUAUUUCAUGGAGGAGGGGUUACAGGGUGAGGCAGACAUGGUAAGCAAAUGACCCUCAGGGGCUGCAAAGAGGGGAGAGAGACAGCCCAAUGCUAGGGUUUGGGGAAUCCUGCUAAUCCUUUACUCAGGUGGGAUGCCCUGCAGAGCAGUGAAUCAUUACUAAACCCUUGUGGAAAUCAAUCCCACAAAGUGCCUUCAGGCAGUUUCAGCACUGAACUCUGUAAUACACUUGGUUAGAUGAAGGGUUUUCCAAUACUUGAUACUCCAGCAAUAAUUUUAUCAAAUACAUUGCUGACACAGGCUAAGAAAUUAAAUCUGAGAGGUGGAGAGGGACAAUGCUGCUGUAAAACUAAAUCAGUGGAGGCUGGAGCCAGGAUUGCAUGAACUGACUUGUUGAGCAAACCUUCAGUAAAAUGCUGUCAGACCAUGACCAUAAAGAAGACACAAAAUGUUGUGAUCAUUGAAUUUGUUUAUAAUCUGUGUCUGAAGGUUCAGUUAUGGAGAUAUUAUUGUUAGGCAGCUCUACUAGUAGACUGCAGAGCUCUGGAUGUCUCAGGACUGGAUCAACGGAUCAAAAGUUUUUUUUGAUCACUGUUGAAUUAUAAAAACGCUCAGGGCUCUGGUGUCAUGGGUCCAGAGAGCGAUUGUUCAUUCUGAGAUGUCUCAGAAGUUCUCUGAUUGGACUGGCAGGUGUUAGGACAACAUUGGUGCUUGAGGCACUUGGGUGUCGAGGAAAGAAACAGCACCAGAGUACAAGAAGCUCACAGUCUGUCACCCCUCCUUGACUCCCUGUGAUUGUCCUCUUGGUGCUGUAGUGUGAGAGCAGCACAGUGGGAGAAAGCAGCAUGGUGGGUGAGGGAGGUGAGAUGGCCUCACCGUGCCAGGACUUAGCAGUUGAUAAAUGCUUUGUCAUGCUGGUCUUAGCUAAUGUGGUUAUAUUCCUGUUUUGUUCUUUUUUUCUUUAAUUUAUGUAUUUUAUACAUCCUUCAGUAUGGAGGCAAGAGGAAGCUCUGUUAAGGUCUUGCUUAUUUCCAGAUGCAGGUACCUGUAGCUUCAAGAGCUGUGGCCUCUAGCAGGGUCGAUUUGUGUAGCUGUCACUGGCUGCAACAUGGCUCUGACCAAGUGUCCUUCCUGGUACCGUGCUCUUCUCUGCAUGCAUGUGCCACAGGGAAGCAUGAGGCCCAAGAGGCAGCACAGCACUAGGCUGACCCAUCCCAAGACUCUGUCCCAGCAAACUCUGGAAAAACCUGUUUUUUCUUCUGGAUUCAUUGAUGAGAUGUUAGAGGACCAACAGCUCUUGGCUAAGGUGCCCUGAAGUCUCGCUAAGUGUGCAACUAAUGGUCAGAUGUGGGUGUUGUUAGGCAGAUCCAGGUCAGGCAGCCCACACUGACAGAGGCACUGGGCACACGUUCCGAGCUGCAGCCAAGUGUCACUCUGCUCUGGAAGCAGAGUGCUCAGUAGUGGCACAAGGCUGGGGAUGCUAGCUAGGAAGCCCUGUAGGUGCUUAGACCUGCUCUUGUCAAAGGUACAUGUUACCACAGUAUGAGAAAAGGAUGUGAAAGGAUCAAAAUCAGUUAGUGUUCUUUUUCUGGUUGAGCUAAUGAGACUCGACAUGCAAACACUGAAUGAAAAGCAUGUCAAAGUGGUGCCUGGAUUGCUCACCUUGGCAACACAGCUGCCAGCUCCAGCAGUGGCCUCACUCACCAGUCCUGUGAAAGGCUCACAAAAUGCAGAGGCUCCAGGGUGGAAGCCAGACUGAAAGGACUGAGCUAGGCACAGCUGCAGCCUUGCCAGGUGGGCAGGCAUGUAGGGAUUGCUGUCUACACACUUUUAUGUGUAGGCACACUCGAAUAUCUCAGAAAUUUGCAGGGUUUGUGGAGAGGUGGAUCCUAGUCCUGCAUCAGCCCCAGACACCACCUAGCCAGACCCCUGUGUCCAAGGUCUCUGGCUCUGCCUUGUCUAAAUGAAAUGGGAAAAAUGGCCAGUGGGCAUUUAGACCUGCCUUUCCCUUUGCUCAGCCUCCUGUGGGAAAAAAUCUUGUCCUGGUUUUUCACUUUGUGUAGUGGCCUUUGUACAUUCUGAAAUUACAGAAAAUCAUUUCAUUGCAAAUGGAAUUCCUUUCCAAGAAAAAGAAAAUAACUUUUUUUUUUCUUAUAGACAAACUAUGUAUUAGGGAUUUCUAGCAUCAAAGAAAUACAUAUCUAUUGUAUCCACCAAAGUCUGCAAUGCCUGCAUUGAACCUUCUUUAAAAAGAGAGGAAUGAGAGGGAGAAAAAUAAAAGCCUCCUCACCUUGAAAAGUACAUACAAACAAAAAAAUAACUUACAAAAAAAAUCCUAAAAAUAACUGUUGAAUUGCCUUUGAAAGUAGGGGAUAACAUCUGUUGCAAAACAGAUGAAAAAAUGCUUCUUAAAAUGUGUAUGUUUUGUAUUCUUUUUUUCUAGUAGGAAAAGAACAAACUUGAAAUCUUGGUGUUUUUUCCUUAGUGCUGUGUGUUGCUUUUGUGUGUUAUAAUAUUUGAAUGUAAUUACAGCAGUGCCAAUUUGCCAAAGACGUCAAACAUUAUUUUGGGGAUUAUGUUUUGGGUUUUGUUUUGGGUAGCAAAAAGGGAGGUGGGCUGGGGACCUGGGGUGGUAAGGCAUGGGUCAACAAAAAAGGGGCCGUUUGAAGGGGUUUUUUGGGGUUUUUUUUUGUUUGUUUGUUUUUUUUUCCUGUUAAUACUGGAAUUUGUGAUUUUAUUCUAAGUUAAAUGGUUGACUGCAACACUUUUUAUUUUUAGAUUAGUUGAAGAAACAUGCAAUAAGAUUGGCGUAGUUCAAUAUCUGUGUGUCUUUUCAUGAGAGUGACUGUUACUUGUGGACAUUUGGUUUUAUGUAACCUUUAUGUGAGAUAAUUAUUUGUAAAUAUUUACCAUAAUUUUAUUGGUUCCUAAAAUAAAAGUAAUUUUUUUAAGUUCAAAA